GUCCCAACAGGCGCGGGCUUCGGAGGUCGAAGCAAGAGAAACAGCCGCAGUGAAGCCGGCUUUGCAUCGGCUUUAUUAGUAGUAUCGUAUUUGUGAUGAAGAAUCGCUAGCACUUGAUUUCUAAGACUUCUCGCUAAUUAUAAUUCGUCGGUCUCUUCUCCCCUUGCUCAACAUGAGCGUUACAGAAAACUAGCGCUAAGCUUACGAACCGACAGCUUGCUCACAUCCACGCCAUUUGUUGACAGCACAGCAAAUGUCAAAUCGCGGGAAGUAAAUUAACAUAUGUACCAAGGUUUCUUUACUACAAUGCCCACUGCCACGGUUCAAGACUCUGCCCCAGAGCACCACAGACUAGCUAAAACGAAUGGAGCCCGCAAUGGCUCCAUUGGUCCUGCUUGGAUACCUUCUCAAGUAGAAGGCGUCACACUGAGGAGGACCACUGAAUUCUCCUUUGACUCAGUAGAGGAGGCGCUUAGCGCAUUCGCUCGUGGUGUACCUGUUGUUGUUAUGGACGACGAACGAAGAGAGAACGAGGGUGAUAUAAUUAUUUCUGCGAGUCAAUGUUCCGUGGAAGCCAUGGCAUGGAUAAUCAAGCAUACGAGCGGGUAUAUCUGUAUCUCUCUUCCCGAGGAGCGUCUCAAUGAACUCGAAAUUCCCAUGAUGGUGCCCGAAAACCAGGAGCGACACAAAACUGCAUACACCAUAACUGUAGACUACAAGCAUGGCACAACAACAGGCAUUUCCGCUCAUGAUCGAUCUCUCACCGUGCGGAAGUUGGUCGAUCCCACUUCGACUGCGUCCGAUUUUAGUCGGCCAGGGCAUAUGGUACCCUUACGAGCACAGAACCGUGGGGUUCUAGAACGCAGGGGUCAUACGGAAACGGGUGUCGAUUUAUGUGCCCUCACCAAUCAACCUCUAGGGGGAGUGUUAUGCGAGCUUGUGAAUGAUGAUGCGUUAGGCACCAUGGCGCGGCGCGAUGAUUGCCGAUCGUUUGCCGAUCGAUGGGGCCUGAAAAUGAUCAGCGUGGAUAUGUUGGUGCAGUACAGAAUAGCGAUCGAGAGCGGGGAGUACUGCGAUACCAUGACGGAUGAAAAGAAUACGUACCGAUUAGUGUAUACUUAUAGAGCAUUGUACACCGAUGUGGCAACCAGACUCUAGACAUCCCCUGAGUCAGGGAUUCCAUGGAA